GAGAGGGCAACUGCGAAAUGUCAGUCAGUUGAUGAGUUUGUUUUGUGCUGGUAAUCUUUUUUUGCGAUAUUUUUGUUUACGCAUAUUGAACUGCUUGCCCGAUAUCUUCGAGUGACGAGGUGUGUUUUGUCGUUGAAAUUGCAUGUGUGUAACUAUACGCAAGAAAUACAAUGGUUUUAACACCUUGUGGAUCGAGUAAGAAGUCAUCAAGCUGGGAUAGAAAUCCCAGACCGUAUUGUGAUUGCUGGUCAAACCGAUGCCCUGUUGCAUGGCGGAAUCCGAAUAACUGUUCUUGUGGCGAAGAAUAUGAAGUAAGCGAAUGGAAAUGGCAAAAGCCGGAGCCGACUGGUUUAACCCUGGCUGUUGUGAGUGAGGACAAGAAGGAGGUGACGUUCCACCCAUUCUACAGCUCCGGCACAGCAGUGAUCAAAGGUGAUACGGCGUUGCAACACAAUAAUCAUUAUUAUUGGGAAGUGAAGAUGUUGACGGAGACCUAUGGAACUGAUAUUAUGGUCGGAGUCGGCACCGACAAAGUCAACACAUCGGACUCCCAGUACGAGUUCACGUCAUUCCUUGGCAAAGACGGGGAAUCCUACGGGCUCUCUUAUACCGGCGCGCUGCGACACAACGCUACGGUCGCCAGGAACGGCUUCGGGUUCUGUCGCGGCAGCAUCAUCGGCGUCAUGGUGGACAUGUGGAAGGGCGCCCUCACAUUCUACCUCAACAGGGUUCCUCUUGAUGUACGCUUCUACAAUCUGCGCCGCCAUCAAAUGCUCUACCCUAUGCUGUGCUCAACCGCCGCCCAGUCUUCCCUGCGGCUGAUAUACGCGUCGAGUUGGCGAGCGUCGCUAUUGGUCGACGCGGCGAAGAUACUAGCGGCCUCUGUGAAGGGCGAGGCGAAACUAAGGAUACCGCCGGGUAUAUGGUACACGCUAAGGAACAACUUCUGGUUGACUUUACCUCAUGGAGGAUGCGUACUCGAGGAGGGUGAGACGGCAAUGGAAGAAGAACCGUCCAGAGCCAUAAGCAGUGCGCUGCACGAAAUUUUCCCCAGCCAGUACAUGAACGGUUUCUACGUGGACAACGUGGAACGAGACUACCGCAUAGUCGUAUACGAGUAAACGUCAAAUUCCAGCUGAACCGACUGCCCCGUAGAUUAAUUGCAACAAUUUUCUGACGCAAGCUUUAAAUAUAGCACCCGGCAUAUAAGUAGAACCUAGAAUUUGACACUCCGGAGAAGAGAAGUAGCAAUUUUAUCAUAAAAAAAAUUGUUCUACUUACGUGCCGGGCACUGUACCUCCAAACCUGUGGGGGCUAUUUACAAAAGUGUCACAAGGCAUAUGUCUUAUCUACUGUCUCAUACUUUAUCUAUUGCUCUAUUGAGUUAACCUCAUGAAUAGAGCAGAUUUAUGCCUUAGUCAACGUUUGUAAAUAAGCCCUAUGAUGACUUCAGUGACAACAUCAGUACAGUAAAUACGUACGAAACUGUAUCCACAUUUACUGUACUUAUAAAAUUUGGCAUAACGUUUGUAAGUUGGUUAAUAAAGUCUAAACAUUGCUAAUACAAGUUCUUGAAAUUAAGUCUUGGUCAGCUAAUAAAAAAAUAUAUUGAAAUAGUACAAUAGCACAUUUUAAUGCAGUUAAUCUACGCAAGGAUUUAUUUAUAUUUAAUUUCAUUAGACAUAAAAUAGGCGAUUUUUAAAUUAUAUGUGUUUCCAUGGUCGCUAGUUAAAUUAGGUAUUCUUAUUACAUACUUAUUACAUAGGUACAUAUAUUUUUGCAGCCAACAAUUUAAAAUUUUAAUAUUAAAUUGUGUACUUUCUAAGACGUGUAUCUAAAAUCAUCAGAUUUCUGUGGUAGUAGUAUUAGAAUGCCUUAGUGCAAAAAGGUACAUACAGUACAACCACUAUAUAAGUCCCCUCGUCAAUAGGCCGAGGUUCGUCCCAACUGGGAGCCCCUUGCGCGCUUUUGCCGAAAAGGCUGUUAGGAGGAGCGUCAAGCCCUCGCCUAAAAACGUCCCGCUGUAAUAGUGAAUGCCCCUCAGGCAAACUAUGUUCUCAUAGUCAAAAAAAAAAAAAAAAUAUUCGACAGCGCAGAAUAGCGCUACCUACCGCCGAAUAAAACCGAAAGAAAA